UUCUCGGUUUAUAUUUUUCUUUUCUCACUUUAAAAUAUACUCAUAUAUCAAACAUGUGUCAAUUCUGUGGUGUUGACCCUGUAUUUGCUGCCAGUUUCGAAACUGAAGACAACAACAGCAACGACAAAACACCUACCCAAGAAACCACUCAACAGCACACCAAUGCUCCUAGCUUUUUCCGGUUGAAGAAAUCUAACAAGCGUUACACUGGCCUGACAACCCAGCAGCUUACCACAUUUGCCUCUUCUCUGUCUCCGGGCGCCCAGGUUGUUAUGGCACACCACGGAGAGCCUUAUCAAAAGGCAACCAAGAGAUGGACUAAAGCUGCUGAAAAACAGCCUCUGGCUGUAGUUAUGGUGGCCAAUGCAGAGGAUGUUUCAAAGACGAUCAUCAUGGCCAAGAGUCACUCUGUACCAUUUACUGUUAAGUGUGGUGGACACUCCCCAGGUGGUCAAUCCAGUGUCGACAAUGGUAUUGUGAUUGAUUUGGGAUUAAUGAAGCAGGUGACUGUCAAUCCAGAUAACAAGACUAUUAUUGCUGGCGGUGGAUGUCUUAGUGGUGAUAUUGUAAAAGCAGCAGCAGAAUAUGGCCUUGCUAGUGUCGUUGGAUCUUCAUCCCACGUUGGUAUUGGUGGGUUCUUACUUCAUGGUGGUUACGGUCAACUUGCAGGAGAAUAUGGUUUGGGAGUCGACAAUAUCGUGGGAACAGAAGUAGUUACAGCCAGCGGUGAGAUUGUUUGGGCAAGCGAGGAUUCCAACUCUGAUUUGUUCUGGGCUAUCCGUGGUGCUGGUAAUCGAUUUGGUGUUGUCACAAAGUUUGUGCUGAAAGUACAUAAGAUUUCUGACACUGUCUGGAGUGGUGUACUUUCCUACACUGGGGACAAACUUGAAGCUCUGGUCAAGGCUAUAAACACAUGGUAUGACAAGAAGGACCCCAAGGCAGCCUUCAUCAUGGUCUUAUCAAAAGGAGCAGAUGGUAAGCCAGGUGUGGUAAUCUUGCCAUUCUACAAUGGUACUCAAGAGCAAGGAGAGGCAAGCUUUGCGGAUUUCUUGGCCAUCGAACCUGCUGUCCGAGACACAUCAUCCAUGCCUUAUUGGAAGUCAUGCACACUUGGAGACGAGCCAGGAACAUACACAACUGAUUUCAUUCGCUUUGAGUCCGCAAAUACUAAGCCUCACAUUGACUACAAGCACUUUAAGCAUUUGCUUGACUUGUUGGAGCAGUUGUAUAAGACUGUUCCUACAUCAGACAAGUCAAAUAUUGUUUUUGCAGCUUUCCAACCCGAUGCUGUCGAAAAAUACAAACGAACAGACAUGGCAUUCUGCUGGCGCGAUACCAAUUUUGAUGUUGGUAUUGGAGCACGCUGGCAAGAUCCUAACCAGGCAGAGGAGAUGCGCAAAUGGGGUGCUAAGCUUCAACAGGCUGUGCUUGAGAAUGGAAACAGCGAGAGACUGUAUAGCAACCACGCUGAUUUUGAAGGACCCUCUUCAAAGGAGUUUGGCAUCAACUACCUCAAGCUUUGUGAAUUGAAGCAAAAGUGGGAUCCCGAGGGUGUUUUUAAGAGCAUUGUCAAUUAAUUAAUUUAAGUAUUUGUAUAUUGUACUGUAUUAAAUAAAUCAGUAACCUGUAGUUCUGAUCUUAACAAAAA